AUGUCGGGGGAUACCUGCUUGUGUCCAGCUUCAGGGGCCAAGCCCAAGCUAAGCGGCUUCAAGGGAGGAAGCCUGGGCAACAAAUACGUCCAGCUCAAUGUGGGCGGCUCGCUGUACUACACCACUGUGCGGGCACUGACCCGGCAUGACACCAUGCUCAAGGCCAUGUUCAGCGGGCGCAUGGAGGUGCUGACUGACAAGGAAGGCUGGAUCCUCAUAGACCGAUGUGGAAAGCACUUUGGCACCAUUUUGAAUUACCUCCGUGAUGACACCAUCAUCCUCCCUCAGAACCGUCAAGAAAUCAAGGAAUUGAUGGCUGAAGCGAAAUAUUACCUCAUUCAGGGCCUGGUGAACAUGUGCCAGAGUGCCCUGCAGGACAAGAAGGACUCCUACCAGCCUGUGUGCAACAUCCCCAUCAUCACCUCCCUGAAGGAGGAGGAGAGGCUCAUCGAAUCUUCCACCAAGCCUGUGGUGAAGCUGCUGUACAACAGAAGCAACAACAAGUACUCCUACACCAGCAACUCGGACGACCACCUGUUGAAAAACAUUGAGCUGUUCGACAAGCUCUCGCUGCGCUUCAACGGUCGUGUGCUCUUCAUCAAGGACGUCAUCGGGGAUGAGAUCUGCUGCUGGUCAUUCUAUGGCCAGGGUCGCAAGCUGGCCGAGGUGUGCUGCACCUCCAUUGUGUAUGCUACCGAGAAGAAGCAGACCAAGGUGGAAUUUCCAGAGGCCCGAAUCUACGAGGAGACACUCAACGUCUUACUCUACGAGACCCCACGAGUCCCAGACAACUCCUUGUUGGAGGCUACAAGCCGUAGCCAUAGCCAGGCUUCCCCCAGUGAAGACGAGGAGACCUUUGAACUACGGGACCGUGUCCGUCGCAUCCAUGUCAAACGCUAUAGCACUUACGAUGACCGCCAGCUCGGCCACCAGUCUGCUCAUCGUGACUGA